AUGAUAAAAUCAAAGGAUCUGAAUAAAUAAGAAUAACUAGCCUUGAGAUCUAGGAAGAACCUUAGACUGUUAUUUGGAAAGGCUAUUCUAAUACUGAAUUUUAGAUAUUUGUAGAUGAAUCAUUUGGCAGUUAGAUGUCAUAAUAAAGUUUAAUAAAAUUUAAGAAGGCCCUAGCAACAAGGAUCUUAAAACAGUGAUUCUGAGUUAUGA